AUGUCGUUCUGGAAAGAAGCGUGCCUGAACCUGCGUCAUGCCGUUCCCAAGGCCGGGAACAGCAUCGGUCGCACCCAAUCCAAGAGUUUCCUCACCUCUUCCUACUCGACUCAGACACCCCGAGUGAUUGCCUCAAGCAGACUGUCCAUAAACGCCCGGAGGAACUUCCCGAGCCAACAGUCAUGGAUGGCUCGCCGCAGCUUUUCCGUCACGGCCGGUGCUCAGCACGGCCAUAUCACGCCGCCAAAGCCCGGGGAGGAAAUCAAUGUGACGUUCAUCGACAAGGAUGGCGUGAAGAUUGAGCUCCAGGUCUCUGAGGAUGACAACUUGCUAGAUAUCGCACAGGCAAACGAUAUCGAGAUGGAAGGUGCCUGUGGUGGCUCAUGCGCCUGCUCGACUUGCCAUGUGAUCGUUGAGGACCCGGACAUGUUUGAUAAGAUGGAAGAGCCGUCGGACGACGAGAACGACAUGCUGGAUCUGGCGUUCGGUCUGACGGAGACCUCCCGGUUGGGAUGUCAAGUGGCCAUGAGCAAGGACCUCGAUGGUCUCGUGGUCCGGCUCCCGUCGAUGACUCGAAACUUGCAGGCAAGCGACUUCGAGCCCAAGAAAUAA